GCUGAAUACAAAUACUUUCAGAGCUUCAAACGUGGAGUCGAUGCAGCUCUGAAAUCAAUACAAAUGAUGAUUUCAUUCCUUCUUAUCACUGGUCCGUAGCUGGUCUUUUCACAUUGCGCCCAAUAGGAGCUGGGAAUGGGAGGAGAGACUUCAGAAGAGGGUUAGAUGAGAGGAGGAGGCGUUAGAUUUCAGUACCUCGGACAGCGACUGAUACCCCACUGCAGGAAGGCUGGGCUGGAAGAGGAAUUAAACGCACUGGAUCUUAAACAUUCUGCUCGAAGACACAAUCAAGUUCUCAAACUUCACAUUUGUGCGGCUUCUGAAUUUUUUCCCUUUGUCUUUAGUGUCGGAAUAAGCCUCCUGGAUCUUCAGCAGCAAGCUUAUAUGCCAUGUUUCCUUCCUAUAAUCGUUUUGGUGCAAAUAGAACAUAUCUGUCGGCACGUGGUUAAUUAUUAAAUAAGUUACAUAUUCGGGAGACGUUUUCUUUUAGUUACGUUCAGAUAAUCAUUGCAUGUAGAUGUGCAAUGCUUUUAGGGAGCUGCAUUAUCAUGCUGGAAAACAUGAAAUUCCCUAGAUUAGGCUUAACCCACCGUACAUUUUAACACAUCUAGUCAGUGUUUUGUUCGCGUUCGGUAUUCUUAGUUCACAUUUCAUUCUUAUUUUUCAUUAUAGAUCCCUUUCGUAAUUACGUCACACAUAGACUAAAGUAUUUAGUGGACAUAAGAUUUCUUAUCAAGAUGAAGUUCCUCUACGACUUUUUGAAUUGCACUUAGAAUUACAGGGGGAAGAGAGCGAGGAGCCGCAGACACAACAGCGUUCAGUUCCUGGGAGGUUUUUCCUGACUUCGCCUUCGUCUUUUUUUAUCAAUGCAAUUUCACUUGUCCCGGAAUCAAGUUUAAGCCAUCAUUAAUUUUCCCCCCACAUUAUCUCCAAAAUGAAGAAGUUUCGAAAGGUUCUGGACGGAUUGACAACCUCAUCUCCGGUGAAUAUCGGCGGCGCCCCGCUGUGUAGUAGCACAGCCGGUACCCCAACUGCGGCGCCGACUCCCAGAGAAAUCGAAGUAGUGGAAACGCUUGUUUCCGAAAACUUUCAGAUUUGCAAGACCGUCCGUCACGGAUUCCCACAUCAGCCAACAGCUCUGGCCUUCGACCCAGUUCAGAAAAUCUUAGCCAUCGGCUCUCGGACGGGAGGAGUGCGAAUAUUGGGACGACCAGGCGUGGACUGCUACUGCCAGCAUGACAGCGGAGCUGCUGUCCUUCAGCUACAGUUCCUCAUCAAUGAGGGGGCGCUGGUCACAGCUUGUGCAGAUGACACCCUGCACCUCUGGAACCUGCGGCAGAAGCGUCCCGCUAUCCUGCACUCGCUCAAGUUCAACAGAGAGUGCAUCACGUUCUGCCACCUGCCGUUCCAGAGUAAAUGGCUGUAUGUGGGCACCGAGCGCGGGAACACUCACAUCGUCAACAUCGAGUCCUUCGUCCUGUCUGGAUACGUCAUAAUGUGGAACAAGGCCAUAGAACUAUCGACCAAAACGCAUCCUGGACCAGUGGUUCACCUGAGUGACAGCCCACGUGAUGAGGGCAAGCUACUCAUCGGCUUCGAGAGCGGCACAGUGGUACAAUGGGAUCUGCGGGCCAAGAAAGCAGACUUCAGAAUCUAUUACGACGAGGCCAUCCACUCCGUCAGCUGGCACCACGAAGGCAAGCAGUUCAUGUGCAGCCACUCAGACGGCAGCCUGACCACGUGGAGCCUGAGGAACACUGCCAAGCCCUUCCAGGUCACCUUUCCCCACGGGAAGACCCAGCGGGACGGGAGGAAGCCGGAAUCGUGCAAACCAAUACUGAAGGUGGACUACAAAACCACGAGGAACAGCGAACCCUUCAUCAUAUUUUCCGGGGGGCUGUCCUAUGACAAGGCCAACAGGAGACCGACUCUCACCAUCAUGCACGGCAAGUCCAUCACAGCGCUGGAGAUGGACCACCCCAUCGUUGAGUUCCUGACCCUGUGCGAGACCCCGUACGCCAACGAAGUCCAAGAACCCUACGCAGUGGCGGUAUUACUGGAAAAGGAUUUCAUUGUGGUGGAUCUGACACAGAGCAACUACCCCAUUUUCGAGAAUCCCUAUCCCAUGGACAUUCACGAGUCUCCUGUCACCUGCACAGCCUACUUCGCAGACUGCCCGCCUGAAAUUAUACCCGUCCUCUAUUCCAUAGGAGCCAAACACAAAAAGCAGGGCUACAGCCAUAAGGAGUGGCCGGUGAGUGGGGGCACGUGGACUCUGGGUGCUCAGACCUACCCAGAAAUCAUCAUCACAGGGCACGCGGAUGGAUCAAUAAAAUUCUGGGACGCAUCUGCCAUCACCCUGCAGAUGCUCUACAAGCUGAAGACGUCGAAGGUGUUCGAAAAGCCCAAGGUGGGGGACGGGCGGGUGGCGGAGCUGGUGGAGGAGGAUCCCUUUGCCGUGCAGAUGGUCAGCUGGUGCCCCCAGAGCCGGCUGUUGUGUGUGGUGGGCAUCUCCGCCCACGUCAUCCUCUAUCGCUUCAGCAGACACGACGCCACCACUGAAAUCACCGCUCUAGAGGUGCGUCUGCAGUGUGACGUAGAGGAGCCCAUCUCCCCGUCAGAGACGGACGCCAACACGGGCCUCUUGGAUGCCAGUCUGCACUCCCCCCAGCACCCCCCUGGCAGUCCGGGUUCUGCUACCCCUGACAGCGUCAGAGACAGCAUCCCCUGCCUCAGGGUGAAGAACCGACCGAUUCGCAUGCCCCCAGGUUAUCAGGCCGACUUGGUGGUGCAGCUCCUCUGGGUGGAUGGGGAACCCCCACAGCAAAUCACCAGCCUCGACAUAAACUCCGCCUACAGCCUGCUGGCUCUGGGGAACUGCAAUGGCCUGGUCGUGGUGGACUACCUCCAGAAGAACGUCCUGCUGUGCAUGAGCACCCUGGAGCUGUACGGCUCAAACGACCCAUACCAGCGCCUUACCCGCUCGCCACGCAAGAGCAGGCAGUUCGCUGCAGACAACAUUUGCAUGCGUGGCCUGUCUAACUUUUAUUCAGAUUCAAAGAAAAGGAUUCGUACGUCUUACCAGAGCCUUACAGAACUGACAGACAACCAGGUGUCUCUGGAGUUGGACCGCAGCAGGUCGCCCACCUCAGUCUCGUACCCAUUCCCCCCUCACAAUGACCACUGCAGCCUGCCCAAACCCACGCCCAAUCUGAAGGCAAACCACUGCAGUCCUGUCUUCUACUUGCUGGACAAUGUUAAGGGACCUGGCAGAAAGUUAAGUCUGCCGACAGAUCUUAAGACUGGUCUUGAUCAUGUCAAUGGACAUUGCACUAGCCCCACCUCUCAGCCCUACGGCGCCGGCAGGCCCAAGCUGAACCGGCGCGGGCCCAGCCGACCGCCCUUCCGAAAGGUCCAGUCGGCCGCAUGCAUGGAGGUCUCGUUGCCUGCUCCCCACACGGAAGGUUGUGCUUCCAGGCGGGCAAUGCUUCAGCAAUUGCACGGAUACAGUGUAUACUCGCAUGACGAGCAACACUCCACAGCGUACUCCUGGAAUGAGAGAGAAAGCCGGGAGAACUCCUUCAGCCGCUCACGCAGCUCAAGUGUCUCCAGCAUCGACCGCGAGACAAAGGAGGCAGUGACCGUGUUGCGAUUUAUGGAGUCCUACGCCCACAAGGUGGACGCCGUGCCCUCAGCCUGCCUGUGGGUGGGCACCAGCCUGGGGGUCGUUCUUGUCAUCGCACUCUCCAUCCCCACUGAUGAAGAGGAACGCCUGGAGGAACCUGUGACUGUGAUGCCCAGCGGUACUGUGCUGACGAUAAAGGGAUCAGUGCUGACAUUUGGGUCUUUGGACUGCAACGGUUCCCUUGUCUCAAUCCCCUAUGAGGUGUGGAGGGACCCUCACGCUCCCGAGGACCCUGACUGCCCCCGGAGGCGCAAGCUCGUCAAUUUCUCCCCCUCGACGUCCCAGGACACGCCCGGGGAAGGUCACCUGGCUGUGGUGUGCUCCGAGAAGCAGGCCAAGGUCUUCUUCAUGCCGGCACAGACCUGCCUCUACGUGCACCACAUCACGGAGACCUCCUUCGUGCUGCGCGCCGACGUCGUCUCCGUCUACAACAGCGUCUGCCUGGCCUGUUUCUGUGCCAAUGGGCACGUGAUGAUGCUCAGUCUACCCAGCCUCAGGCCCCUGCUGGAUGUGAAUUUCCUGCCCCUGACGGACAUGCGCAUCGCUCGCACCUUCUGCUUCGCUGAAGGCGGCCAGGCUCUCUACCUGAGCUCACCCACCGAGAUCCAGCGCAUCGCCUACAGCCAGGACAUGUGUGACAGCCUGCAGGAAAUGCUAGGGGAACUUUUCACACCAGUGGAGACUCCAGAGGCUCAGAACAAGGGCUUCCUGAAAGGUUUCUUCGGAGGAAACGCACAGACCUUUGACAGAGAGGAGCUAUUUGGAGAGGCCGCAGCGGGAAAAGCCUCCAGGAGCCUGGCCCAGCACAUCCCGGGCCAAGGAGGUCUGGAGGGAAUGAAGGCUGCAGCUGGAGGAGUGGUUGGAGACCUGGCCAGGGCCCGCAUGGCGGCCGAGGAGAGAGGCCAGAGGCUGGGAGAGCUGGAGGAGAGGACAGCGCUGAUGAUGUCCAGCGCAGAGAUGUUCUCCAAACAUGCUCAUGAGCUGAUGCUGAAGUGCAAGGACAAGAAGUGGUACCAGUUUUAAAGCCCACCAGGGCCAAGUGUUCUGUCACCCCAGACGGGGAUGCAAGAAGAACGUGGAGCUGCUGUGAGAGCGCGAGAGCAAGGGAGUCGGAAAAAAGACUUAAUUUUAUAUUUGUGCGCUUCCUGGCUGCAAUAUUCCUCACCAGAAACCCGCAUUAGGAGCAGCUGAUGGUGGGAUGCUGUAGGCUGUGGUAGGAUGGAUACAGAGUGGUCAGGGAUAGAAAAAAAUGCCCCCUCCCUUGCUUCCCUCCCCUCGUAUUUCUUUCCCAUGCUGGAUUUCUGGCAACCUUUGUUUGGGGAACCCCCCCCCUUCCCUAGACACAACGCAAAACCACGCUGUGAGGAUACCCCUAAAACUACAGUAACAAACGCCGAUUGCAUGAAACAAAAAACGGCUGAAUAAUACAACAUAAAACUGCCAUGAGAAAAGCAGCAUGUGACUUUAAAGAAGAAAAAGGUUUUAUUUAAUAUUAUAGGCCAAUUAAGGAAAAUAACAAAAACUUUAUAUUUUUGAGAUAGUAAAAAGAAAAAAAAAUCACUUAAAAAAAUGUGUACCUGCAUUGCUAAAAAGGCCAAAAUAUUCCGUUUUUUUUUUUUUAUUUAAUGUGUUGGUUUACAUUUUAGAAUACCUUCACAUACACUUCUCACCGAAUUUCUAUCUACACAGCCCUUUACUCCCAGUGGUUGAGCUAUGCUUUUUUUAAAAAAAAAAAACAAAUAUAUGAUUUCCUAUAAGAGCAGACCUGGGUUGGAGAAAGGCGGUCAUUUGUAAACAAUCUAAUGAAAGAGAG